AUUGUCAUGCAAGACGUCAGUCGCUGUUGAACGUCUUCGGUUGUAAUACUAUGUUUGCUUACUUUUUACAACCAAAAACAUUGAUAACCGUUUUUAUUGUUCAUAAAUAAUAUUAUAUUGCCUACAAUUAGCGACUUUGACACUCAGUCGCAAUGUGGGUCUGAAAUUUUUAUCCACAGUUCGAUCCAAACAAACAUUCUAGUUCACAGUGUCACUAUAAUUACAACCGGACAAAAUAUUAUGGAAACCCCUUGGUGGAAAUCCAAAAAAAAAUUGACAUGGGCGCUAACAAGAAAGAAAACCGAUGAAGAAGAACAAGGAGUUGAUAAGUUAAAACGUGUGUUGACUUUCGUUGAUCUCACCGCACUUAGUACCGGCGCCACUUUAGGAUGUGGUGUGUAUGUGCUAGCUGGUGCUGUGGCUAAAUCGAUUGCUGGGCCAGCUGUUGUAUUAUCUUUCGCCAUUGCUGCAGUUGUUUCUGCAUUUUCUGGACUCUGUUAUGCUGAGUUUGCCGGCCGAGUUCCCAAAGCCGGAAGUGCAUAUAUCUACAGUUAUGUGGCUGUCGGUGAAUUUACCGCAUUUGUCAUCGGUUGGAAUUUAUUGAUUGAACAUCUUAUAGGUGCUGCGGCUGUGGCCAAAUCAAUGAGUAACUAUGUUGAUUCUUUGCUGGGUAGCCCACAACAGAAAUAUAUGACAGAACACUUUCCAAUCCAUGUAAGCUUUUUGGCCAGUUACCCUGACGCUGCGUCCUUUGUAGUCAUUAUGACUAUUACAUUGCUAGUAGCUUGGGGAGUCAGAGAAUCGACAUCUACAAAUAAUAUAUUUACAAUACUCAAUUUGUCCACUGUGACUGUUGUAAUCGUAACAGGAUUUCUAAAAGCGAACUACUCAAAUUGGGCAAUUCCAAAAAGCGAAAUUCCUUCAAAUAUGGACGGAGGCGAAGGCGGAUUUUUACCAUUUGGUUGGGCCGGAGUAGCCGCAGGAGCUGCAAAAUGUUUUUAUGGCUUUAUUGGAUUUGAUUCCAUUGCUACUACUGGCGAAGAAACUAAAAAUCCGAAAAGAGACAUUCCUUUAGCAAUAAUAGCCUCGCUCUUCAUUAGUACAAUAGCUUACUGUGGUGUGGCAACAGUCUUGACGUUGAUGUGGCCAUACUACGAUCAAGAUGAAAAUGCACCACUUCCACAACUUUACCAAAAUUUGGAAAUGCCCACCGUGAAGUUUAUAGUGUCAACAGGUGCAAUUUUUGCAUUAUGCACAAGCCUGUUGGGUUGCAUAUUUCCGAUACCUCGAAUUUUGUACUCAAUGUCUGACGAUGGUUUGUUAUUUAAGUUUCUAUCAAAAAUCAAUUCCACUACUAAAACUCCGUUAAUAUCGACGUUGUUGUGUGGAGCAUUUUCCGGUAGUUUAGCUGUAUUUUUCAACCUUGCGCAGCUCAUUGACAUGGCGUCAAUAGGAACCCUUCAAGCCUACACUAUUGUAUCUAUCUGUGUACUAGUUCUUCGGUAUAGUGACAAUAAGCCACUAAAUGAAAAAUGUAUUGUAAAAUCCAACAAAAAUCAAACUCACAAAUGGUUUAACUUGUCGAAUACCAAAACACCCAAUUCGGAUACUCAAUACGUGUCAAGAGCAUUAAUAUUAAUUUUUAGUUUGGCCUCUGUUGUUUUCGGUGUUAGUCUUGCAAACGUGGAAAGACAUCAUGAUACUAGCAGAUCAACGCUUCUAACAUUGUGCUACAUUUCAUUUUUCAUAAUGGUAGUUACGACUUACAUGUUGUUUAGAUUACCACAAGCCGAAGAAAAUCUCUCGUUUAAGGUUCCAUUCGUUCCAAUCAUACCUUGCUUGAGUGUAAUAUUAAAUGUGUACUUGAUGAUGGAAUUGGAUUACAAAACGUGGAUACGGUUCAUCGUAUGGCUCCUAUGUGGUUUAAUGAUAUACUUGUUUUACGGAAUUAACCAUAGUUUAGAAGGUAAGAAGCAAACGAAAACCGAUGAAAACAAGUCAAAUAUUUCUGUACAAUCGAUUGUAAUGAGCUGUCCUUCUUAACCAAAAUCAGCUCAGCUAUAAUAAGUAUAUAUGACAGUACACAAUUAAAAUCAUUUUAUUAAUAUUAGGUAUUAUUAAUUAUUGUUAUUUUGUAAGUUUUAAUUUCAUAAUGAAAUUCUUCAUUAUACAUGUUGUUUUUGUUUUGUUUAUAAUAAAUUAUUUAACGAUUAUGCAAUCAACAAUGAACUUGCCAAGUAUUAUUUAAAUGACCCGUUAACUGACUUUGUAUAAUAGUAAAUGAUGAGUAUGUUAAUAAUACCUAAUCCUCACAGCAUAAAUUAUUCCCUAAAAUAAC